CCCUCUUCAAACAUCCCUCCUGGGAUGCCAGUGGCGCCACUGCCACUGCGUUUCCUGUUGGCAGCAGUGAGCAGUGAAAACCCAAGCGGCAGCAGGCAGCGGCCCAGGCAGAAAUAGCUCCCGCGCGAUUCACUGGAGCCUUCCCAGGGCCCUGGUCCCGGCUCCCGGGACUCCAGCGUCCUGAUCUCAACAGCGGCAGAGCGGAAGCACUUGGGUCCAGACCGCACUCCCGGCACAGUGCGGAGGGAGCUGGCGGGAGCCACUCUGCGCCCGGACGCCUCAGCGCCCCCUUGGGCUCGGGCUCGCUCUCGGGGGGGGAAGGUCGACCGCGAUGGCCGGGCGCGCUUCCCUCCGCACCGUUCGGGGCGCCCUGGGCGCCUGGCUGCUGGGCGGCCUCUGGGCCUGGACCCUGAGCGGCCUGGGGGCGGUGGGCACCCCCGGAGCCCCGCGCCCUUGCCAGGCGCCGCAGCAGUGGGAGGGGCGCCAGGUUGUGUACCAGCAAAGCAGCGGGCGCAACAGCCGCGCCCUGCUCUCCUACGACGGGCUCAACCAGCGCGUGCGAGUGCUGGACGAGAGGAAGGCGCUGAUCCCCUGCAAGAGUUUUCCAGCAGGGUUGAAGUGGAACUUCCCUAGGAGGGCACACCGCCACCUCCAGAGAGCAGAUGCCCAAACUCCUUUCAUCCAUGAGCCACUCCUCAACUGCCCUCUCAUCAAAUGCUGUCUUCAGUGUCUCUCUUGUGCCUCAAUUUCAACUUUGAAAAAUUUCACCCCAUGUGGGCAUUGGAGGUGUCUUUCUGAGGCACUCACCAUUUCUCAGAAGCAGUGCCUCUCUGAGUUGGGAGGCCAUCUGAAGAGGAAUCAGACCCUUAGUAGGGUGCCUAAGUUAUUCUCAGGCUCCCCCAAGGAAAGGAGAAACUCUUGGGACGAUGGCUCCCCUAAAGAAGGCAACUUCUCCAGGAUGAAACGUGUACGAUGCCUUGAAUGACUCCUGCCCCCUCACAGAAGGCUGCUUUUGCUGUGGCUUAAAGUUAGAUCUUCUGGUAGAGUUCCAGAAUGUGAGCCCUGCCAAUAGUGAGGCCAAAAGCUCACCUCAGAAGAAGCACCAGAGUCACCUCCCCAGCUCUCCGAGGGAAGACACUGCUCCAGAGCAUCUCAGAAGAUGCCAGGGGAGACGCUGGCAGAUGGGAAGCCGGUGGUAUGGGCCAAGGGCACAGCAGUUGCUCUGCCUGACACAGCAUUGUCAGCAAAGGUGACAUAUAACUUAUGAGGAGUAUCUGUGGUACCGUGAAUCCCCAGGCUCAUUACCAUGACAUCUGGGAGCAGGCAUGGUGGACGCAAAGCCCUUCAAGUUUGCUUGAAAGUACUUGCAGGGGAGACUGGUGAGCCAGGCCAUCCAUGUCCACCCCAAGUCUUCUAAAAUAUUUUCCUCAGGGUCUUAAUGAGACAUCUCUUAGAUCUUCCAGAAUGUAAGGCUACUGCCAAGAUGCUGAUGGUCAGGAUGUCCAGGCUGAUGAAGACAGAAGAGGCCUGUGCCACCCCAGAGCCUCUGAGCUGCCUGAAGUCAAGGACAGCAGCAUCUGCUUCUCCAGGGCAACUCUUGGCAGAGGGACCCUACUUGAAAUGGGAGGCAGAGGCAGAGAAUGUAUGGAAAUCAUGAGAGGAUGGAAGCUCCCAUUUCAGAAGAAGCAGGGCUGUGGACCAGUGGAAGAUUCUACCAGCCAGCACUCUUGGGAGUGAGGAUGGAGGAAGAGAAUCUGCCCCAGACUUCAUAUCCACUGGAAAUGCCACAUCAGGUGCUGUGUCUUGCUAUGGAUUGUGUUUCCCGUGGGCGUGGGAGUUCUUCGUCUCACAGUCUCCACCUGUCCCUUGUCACAUACUCCGUCCUUCUGAACAGAGAUUCUCAUUCUAGCCCAGAUUCAGGUAUGGCCUGGCUUACCCCUGGACCCCAGAGAUCUCACUCUUCGGGGAUCUCAACUCUCCUUAAGAAGUCAGGAAAUGAAGCUCGGGAAUCCCACUUCUUGGAUAUCAGAACACUGUUCCUUUCGCACAAGACAAGUAUUUAUUUAGGUUCCUCUUAGUGUAUUGAAAAGAAUUUGAAGUGUUUUAGUAUUUUGUAUCCUCUUUCAUCAUGCUGAAUCAAGCCUCAGAAAGGUCAAUUUCUGUACUUGUUAAAACACAGGAAUUUUUAUAGUGUGUGUGUUUGUACAUGUUUCUAAGGAGCUUUGUCACAAGGUCUUCUGUUUAAAAAAAAAAAAGCCAUUUUACUCCUUUUAUUGUUCACUGCAAUUUGUUUUAUACCAGUUUUCUUAUUUACCGGAGUCCUUUAUUUCGAUUCAUGUUUCAGUCAGCUAGGGAACUUAUUCAACUAUUAUUUUUUUUUGAGAAGAUGCUAAGGUAUACUUUCAGAGAUUUUCAACGUCUGAGAACAUCUAGUUAUUGCCAUUUAAAUAACGAUAUUUUGGUGUAUACGAUUUGGGUGAAAAUAGUCUUUCUGCUUAAAUAGGUGUAUGGCAUUUACAGCUCUCAAAGAGAAGUCUGAUAUUUUUUAUUCUGUUGUAAUAAUUUGUUUUCUGCCCACAUUUUUGUAGGUUGCUUCUCUUUUCCUUGAAUUUUAUUAACAUCUUCAGGCAAGGUGUAGUGCUAGGGAAGCUUUCGUCUAAUAUUUCUGGAGUUUUAGUGCUCUGUCUUUUCUCUUGGGUCCUUACAGAAUCUCUUUCUGCGUAUCUGUUCUGGUUCUCUCACAUCUGCUUCCAGACGUCUUCCUUGCUUUUUAUCAUGCCAUAUAUUUUCCCUCUUGAGUACUACAUUAAUACCUUCCAAGCCACUGCCUGUGGGCUUUGGGUUUGUUUGUUUUUUGCCACAAUCUAUCUGCUUUACACAGCCAUGACUGAAUUUUUAAUCUAAAGAAAAAAUUAUUUACUUAUUUAGAGAUGAAUCUCACUAUGCUGCCCAGGCUGGCCUCAAACUCCUGGGCUCACGUGGUCGGCUUACCUCAGCCUCCCAAGCGUCUGGGACUACAGGAUGUUGCCACUGCACCCCGCUUGACUUUUUUUAUUUUGAUGAUGAUGUUUUUCAUCAGAAAGCUAUCCUUGUGGUCGCACAUUAUUCCUUUUCAAUUGUAAACACAGUCUAUCCCCAAUCCCAGUGAAAAUAAGAAUAGGAUUUGUAUUUCUGAGUUUCAUUAAACAUUAGCUGGAAAGGCAUGCGUGAGUUUAUAUUUCAGCAUGGUGGGACUUGAUCUAUUUCUGCUAAAUGGCCUCCUGCUGACUCUGCUCUGUCCUCUCCAUCCUCCUCAGAGUACCCUCUGCUAUGUUGUUCUAGAAGCCACUGAGCACCAUGGCAACCUGCGUAUCUCAGUACUGAUUAUGCUGUUUUCUUUUUGUAGUGGUGAAACAAAAAUCAGCCUGCCCUUCUGUCUCAUGAGAAAUUUUUUAUUAUCUUUCAUCAGAUGAAAGAGUCCUUGCCUAUGCAUUGCCAAUAUUCACCCACAUGUAUUUUGAAAAGAAAGAGCUCUUCAAUUUCUUAAGCACUUUUUUCAUCUUUUGAACUAGAAUCCAAGUCAUGGAAGCCCAUCACCUUACAGCUUCUUAAAUGGCAAACAUAAUUAUUCUUUGAUUUAGCUUUUCCUUGGGCUGCAUUCUUAAGUAAUUUAAUUUUCCUUUUGUUAUAAGUGAUUGGCAAUGAUGUGCACAAUGAAUUUGUGUCUAACACAACUUUGAAAUAGUGUUUUUCUUUUUUGUGUCUCAUAAUCAUUGUAGGGUGUAACUCAAACUUAGUAUACGCCAGCAUGGCAAGUGGCCGCAGCUCAAUUCUUCCUUCUGAGAGUCAGAUGGCCGGCAUGCAUUACUAAUCUACUAUAGUGCGUAUUAAACAAAUCCAAAGUUUGCUCAACUUUUUCCAUAAAAGCCAAAGUCCUUUUGUAAUCACAAUAUAAUAUUUGUCUACUCCCUUUUCUGUAAUUUAAUACAUCUUGGAUGGCCAAUCAGUUCUACAUGGAUGGGAAGAAUCAUUCCUUCCCGCUGUUGAGAGUGAGAAGGAAUAAGGUGUUUAAGACUUAGAAUGAGUCUGGUUGACCCCAUACUUGACUACAAAGUUAUGCUCUGAGCCUCAUUUUCUAAUCUGUUAAAAAAAAUAAAAAUGCUAAUAACAUGAUCAACCAGUUGAAUUUGCCAAUCUGUAACCUCUGCUUUGGAUGUGUUCUUUUUUUUUUUUUUUUUUCCCCGACUAUUCCAAAUUGUGACAGAAAAACACUUCUCUUGACUGUUAAGGAAGCAGCUGGUCAGGUUCACCUACACCCAGGCCAGCCUCUGGUAUUUCAGGUUCUAGGAUUAGUCAAAUUGUUAGGCCCUGCUCAUUCUGAGAGAGGAGGCUCUCAAAGAGUUGUUGUAAGGAAUUGAGUAGAUGUUAUUUGUAAAGGAGUGAUUUUUAUUCAUUUCAUUAAGGAUAUUUAGAGCUAUAAGUGUCAGAAAAUCUGACUAGCAAAUGCUAAAAUAUAGGAAUGUUUGUUGUUUACUCCAGAAUUCUUGGGAUACAUGUUGCUAGGUCUGAUUCAACAGUUUCAUUGAGGUCCCAGGCUUAUCUGCAUCCACUUUCUCUGCCAUUCUUAGCACUAGGGCUCAGAGUUGCCAGAUUGUGUGUGGACUUGUUGCCUCAUGGUUUCAAGAAGGCUGCCUCUGCUCCAAGCAUUAUGUCCUCUCCCAACUUCAAUCAAAGACAGGAAGUGAGCGGACCAGCUUCCCUCGAACAGGGACACUCCUCUUUUUUUUUUUUCUUUUUCCUUUGAGAGAGGAGAAGUCUCCAGAGGAUUCUCUCUCAUUACUGAAUUUUCUUUAGAUCUUCAAAACCAGAACCAGAUACUUUAGCUCUAUGGGAGACUAAGGGAGCGAGUACAGUCAGCCCUCCAUAUCCAUGGAUUCCACCAACUGCAGAUGGAAGAUAUUCUUUUAAAAAGUUAAAAAUGGCCAGGUAUGGUGACUCAUGCCUAUACUACCAACACUUUGUGGAGCUGAUGUGAGAGGAUUGCUUGAGGCCAGGAGUUUAAGACCAGCCUGGGCAAUAUGACAAAACUCCAUCUCUACAAAAAAUACAACAAAUGGCCAGGUGUGGUGGCAUGUGCCUGUGGUCCCAGCUACUUGGAAGACCGAAGCAGAACAAUCGCUUGAAACUGAGAGGCAGAGGUUGCAGGGAGCCAAGAUCUUGCCAUUGCACUCCAGCCUGGGUGACAGAGUGAGGAUCUGUCUUUUUUUUAAAAAAAAGUUAAAUAUGACAAUAAAAAAUAAUACAAAUAAAAAACAGUAUAAUCACUAUUAAUAUAGCAUUUACAUUACAUAAAUAGUCUAGAAAUAAUUUACAGUAUACAGGAGAAUAUGCAUAUGUUAUGUGCAAAUACGAAGCCAUUUUAUCUAAGGAACUUGAGCACCGUAGAUUUUGGUAUGGCACAGGUUAUAUGCAAAUACUAAACCAUUUUAUCUAAAGGACUUGAACAUUGUAGACUUUGGAGGUCCAGUCCUCCAUGGAGGUUGAGGGACUACUCAAUAUAGUUUUCUCAACAUCCAUAUUGAGAGACACACAAAGGAGAAGGGAUGCAAAUGCCUGCUGGAUCUCUCAGGAAGGGUCCACCAUAGUACUCAGAAUGUUCUGUCCUUCAUCUCUAUCCCGCCUGGAUGAAUUAGCCCUUCUUUGUUACAUAGUGUAGCAAUUCAUAUGUGUACAUGUGAAAUUAUUUGUUUCCCUGUUAAAUGUUAACUGAUGACAAUAAACACAAAUAUGAGACUUUC